CUUUCGAUUAGUGUUCUCUCUCUCUCUCCCUCCCUUUCUUAUCUCCUCCACGCCAUCCAUGGCGGAACCCUAGCUCCUGAGACGAAGACGAAGACGAAGACGAAGAACAAGAUCAAUAGAGAUUAUCACCUAGCUUCUCCAUCUUCUCCAUCUCCACCUUUGAUUUCCAGUGCUUUCGAGAAUUCAAUUUUCUUUUUUGAUUCAAAGUCUUUUAGGGUUGAGAUCGUUGAAAUCUGAUCUCAAUUUGAGGAUCUCUCCGAUGAUGUCGAUCCUUCCGAGCAGCGAGACGAUUGAGAUCCGAGAUGUAUGGGCGGAGAACCUGGAAGACGAGUUCGCCCUCAUUCGUUCCUUCAUUGACGAAUUCCCCUACGUCGCCAUGGAUACGGAGUUCCCUGGUGUUGCUCUUCGCCCUGUUGGUGCCUUCCCUUCUACUGCUGACUACCACUACCUCACCCUCAAGGCCAACGUCGACAUCCUGAAGCUUAUUCAGCUCGGCCUCACUCUCUCCGCUGCUGAUGGCUCUCUCCCCGCCUCUCCCUCCUCUGGCCGCUUCCUUGUCUGGCAGUUCAACUUUCGUGAGUUCGAUCCCGACUCCGACAUCUACGCCCAUGACUCCAUCGAUCUCCUCACCUCCUCUGGCAUCGAUCUUAUCAAGAACCGUGAGGAGGGCGUUGAUUCUAUGCGCUUUGCUGAGCUCUUGAUGUCUUCCGGCAUUGUCCUUAAUGAUUCCAUCCAUUGGGUUACUUUCCACAGUGGGUAUGAUUUCGGAUACUUGUUGAAGGUGCUGACUUGCCAAAACUUGCCCGAGACCCAAGCCGGAUUCUUUGAGCUCAUCAACAUAUACUUCCCGAGAGUUUAUGAUAUCAAGCAUUUGAUGAGGUUUUGUAAUAGUUUGCAUGGAGGGUUGAACAAGCUCGCGGAGUUGCUUGAGGUUGAUAGGGUUGGGAUUUGUCAUCAGGCUGGGUCUGAUAGCCUGUUGACAGCGUGCACCUUUAGGAAGCUCAAGGAAUGCUUUUUCAGUGGCUCCACUGAGAGGUAUGCCGGAGUGCUUUAUGGACUUGGUGUUGAAAAUGGGCAUGCUAGUGGUCAUUGAAAUGGAAAAAUAUAAAUGGGGAAAUAGGAAACUAGUAAUAAGAUUUUGAGGUUGAUGAUAUGAAAAAAAUGCUUUGGAUGGUAAAUGUAGCAUCUUUUCUUUUGUUUCAGCUAUGUUAUUCCUUACUAAUAUGAAAGUUGGAGUUCUUAAUUUCCAUUCAAUUACGUGUUCCUGAUUUGGUAACUGAUAGAUAAUGGUUAUUAGUGCAUGGGGGAUGUGUACUCUUGUCAAUAGUUUGUUAUUGAGAAAGUUUGGGAUUUA